CUCGUACUUGUUUCUACGUGACRACCUUCCGACGGUCCUCCCUCCCCUGACAAAACACGACRCCAAAAACCGCCUUUGGCACGCCAUUUCGGCAUUCUCUUKGCUUCGUGCAACCACCAAUCCCCGACCGCAUUGUUUCGUUCCCAUUCAACACCCCGCAACCAUGAUCCGMUUUUCGCUCACCACCCUCACCAUUGCCACCAUCYUCUCGUCGACAACCCAGACCAGUCUUGCCGCCAGAAACGGGGACAAGUGCGGCGUGACCUCCAGUGAUUUUCUGAGCUACGACUACCGCGGCGAGGUCCGCGUGGCCGGCCAAACCGGKUGCACCCUCGGCGAGGACGAACAGGACUGCUUCUGUGCCCCGAACCUGGCCGAUGGGGAGUCCCUGAGCGAGUGGGAAUGGCAGUGCAACGGCAAGGUGGCGUUUGGGCCCUCGACGACGGAAAAGAUCUGCCCCGACCUGGUGCCCGUGGCMAAGGGGCUGGGCCUGCUAGAGGUGGUCUCCGAGCGGAGCCGGGGCCUCCAAGACGACGGGGGCAAGAUCGCUGCGGUCGGGACGGAAUCGAUGCAGUCCAAGACAGGGAUUCCCUGCGACACGGCGAUCCAUCCGACCGGGCGGCCCGGGGACGAGGUGUGCCCCUAUUCGGACUGCGAAACGGGAGGAAACCACUCGGCCGUGUGCGCCUGUGUGGAUCUGGGAAAGUACGGAAUGGGAGUCGGUAUGGAAUGGGUUUGCAUGCACGCGACCUGCAGCUGUGGAGAUGACCAAGAAAAUUCUGUCGAAUCAUUGCAUUCGAGCGACCAAGACGAAGCUUUGGAACCGUCGGAUUCCGGGGACUCGGUGGAAGCAUCGGCCGCGGGUUCCGUUGGUAAGGCCCUGGCCUCGAUCUCCGGGCUGACCACGAUGGCGGUGGUUUUGUGGAACUAGGAAAUCGAUUCUGGAUUGGAAAAUACCCAUUUUGUCUUCCCGGCACGAGCAAYGCAAUCGAUCUCUCUAUCAGCGCAAAGUGAUGAGCUGCUGAAGGGUCCCUCUUCGGAUUGUUACGCUUCUGGAAAAUUUUGACUAAAUGCUUUCCCAUUCA